AUGAUUUCUGCCCGAGAGAGCUAUAUCAACCAAACAGUUGCUGUGAUCACUUCUGGUGAGAAAAUGAUUGCGGGAACAUUGAAAGGUUUUGACCAGACCAUUAAUUUAAUUUUGCAUGAAAGCCGUGAACGAGUGUUCAGCUCUUCACAAGGAGUGGAACAAGUGGUACUAGGGUUGUACACGGUAAGAGGUGACAACGUUGCCGUGAUUGGAGAAAUUAAUGAAGAAACAGUCUGCCUUGGUUUGGGGAAUAUUUGA